UAAUUGAGGCAGAAGAGGAGGGAGGAGGAGCUCAGAGGAGCCAGACGAUGCUGUCAAAGAGAGGAGGAGGAAGAGGAGGAUCCUGUCCGCCAGGAGCAGCAGCAUCAUCAUCAGUGAGCUCCAUCACAUGUGUGCGAGAGGAAGAUAGAGAGGUAGAAAAAGGAGAAGAAGGAGAAGAAGGAGGAGGAGGAGGAGAAGGAAAAGGCCUCUUCUCCGCGUAGCCUCACCUCGUGUCCCGGACGCAGACAAAGGAGGGACUCUUUGACCUCCUGUGAUGCUCCCGUCCUCCGCGCAGAUGGAGGGAUGCGAGGAAGAGGAGCGGCACGCGCUCAUGCACACGGAGUGCUCCAGACUGACGGAGGAGAGAGAUGAGGCUGAGAGACAACUCAAACACAUCAAGAGAGUGUCUCAGAUGGUGAUUGAGGAGGUGUGCGUUCUGCAGACUCAGCUGGAGAUUGAGAAGUCGUGCCGGGAGAAUGCAGAAGCCCUGGCCACGGAGCUGAACUCUGAGAAUAGGAAGUUAAAGUACAUGAGCCUGUCGCCUCGUCCGGGUUUGGACGAGAUGCUUCCAAGCAUCACCGACGCUGCAGACGGGAGCCCUGACACCUUCACACAGUACCAACUACAAGUUAAAGAACUGGGGGAAAGAGUCAACACUUUAUUGGAGGAGAAGAAGAGUUUUGUUACUCAGAUACAUGAACAGCAGAGACGGAUAGAAGAGCUGACCUCCCAGUCUGAGAAAGAUCAAGCUGAGAUGAAGGAGCUCCGUGAGACUGUUGAGCAGCAAAGUAAAACCAUCAAGAGAUUCAACAGAGUCUCCACCAUGGCGGCCCAGGAGUAUGGUGGGAUGAAGGACCAGCUGGACCUGGAGCAGAGCCUGAGAGUGAAAGCUGAGACCUACGCUCAUGAGGUGAACAAAGACUCCCAGUGGAGAUGAAGCAGAGAAACAUGAGAAGAUGAA